GUGCUUUUCUUAAAAUUCAUGCAAUAAGCCAAUCCAUUGUGACAAGUUUUCUAUACAUCUUUGAAACCCCGGACCGAAAAGAUAAAAUGUCAAGUUCAGGGUAUCCUGUUUCUUCAUCUUUUUGCUUUAUUCUUUAUCUACUAUGGCCGCCAAGAACCUCCCUAAGGUCUUUUUCGACGUUGCUGUCAACGGCAAACCUUCUGGUCGUAUGACUUUCAAGCUCUUCUCUGACACUGUCCCUAAGACUGCUGAAAACUUCCGCGCUCUCUGUACUGGUGAGAAAGGUAUUGGCAAGUCUGGCAAGCCCUUGCACUAUAAGAACAGUGCUUUCCAUCGUAUCAUUCCUGGUUUUAUGGCUCAAGGUGGUGACUUCACUUUGGGUGAUGGUCGUGGUGGUGAAUCCAUUUAUGGCCACAAGUUCAACGAUGAAAACUUUACCUUGAAGCACCAAGGUAAGGGUGUAUUGUCUAUGGCUAACGCUGGUCCUAACACCAAUGGUUCUCAAUUCUUCAUUACUUUUGACCAAACUCCUUGGUUGGAUGGUAACCAUACUGUUUUCGGUCAAAUCACUGAAGGCCAAGAAGUCUUGGAUCUUUUGGAAAAGUACGGUACUCAAAGCGGUAGACCCACUGCCAGAAUUGAAAUCAUCGAAUCUGGUGAACUCAAGGAAUAAACAGAAUGUUUUAUUUCAUGCACAUGAAAACUAGUUUAAUAGUAAUAGCGUUGUUGUUGUUGUUGCUGCUGUUGCUGGUUGUUAUUAUUAAAUACACUAGGAGCAGAGGUAUCAAUGGUUUUAAAUACGGCA